GCUACUGUAGGAAGAGCUGCAUGGGUAGGUGUGGUGCCACACGCAGCGGCCAUUACGCAUUGAAUCCACUUCAAACCACCUCCACACGUGGUUUGAGUGAAUCUGCAUUGAGUGCGCUUGACAGCCAAUGCACAUUCAGUGUGUUUUGGUGUGUAGUGUGAAUACCUUACAAUGUCACGUUUGUUCUCAUGUGUAAUACAUCUCUCUCCAACAGACUCAUUCAUAUUGAUGACAUUCCAUCCGGUGCCGGCGAAUUGGGUUCUAUCGAUUUCAAGAGGGCAUUAUCUCCAACUCGUGAUCCAAUAUGUUGUGUCUGUUUGUCAGAGAAGAUGCUUGUUGUGGGUAGAGAGUCUGGUACGAUGCAUCGCUAUAGUCUGCCUCUGUUGGCACUGGAAAUGAAACAUGUUGCCAACUGUCGACCUGAUAAAAUAUCACUGAACUGCAAUUCAACGCGACUUGCUAUCAUUGACAUUGCUGGUGUUCUCUCGUUCUUUGACUUUGUAAGUUUUAAACAUGGACUAGUGUAUAUAGUCAUCAGUGCCUUGAUACCGACAGACUGA